UAUCCAGUACUCCUAAUGAGCAUGCUCCAGUGUCCACGAGCCCUGCUCUUGAUACUGUGCCUGCUGCUUCGGCCAAUCAGCUUGCUUCUGCUGCACAGAACCUGGUCAAUCAGGUGUCCCCUCAGCCUCCGGCCCCUGCAGCACCCGCCCACCAAAGCGCUCCAGCCCCAGCAGGGGGUGCUCCAGCACAGCCCGAGGCUUCGCCGGGGUCCAGGAACCUGUCGCUGGCAGCCACCACCAUCUCAUCCGCUAUCACUGCGCAGGCUAGUGCCAGCUUCAGCAUGCAGUCCUCCUCCUCCUACAGCGUCCAGUCCAAAACCACCACGACCAGCUCCUUCCCCCAGCCCUCGACAGUGCAGCAGAGAGCAGUGCAGACCCCUGCCUCUCCUCCGAAGGUCGUCAGCACCAUCAAUAUUGUGCCCACUGCCUACAUCCCCGCCCCAGCCCCAGUUCCAGUACAUACCCCUGCGCCAGCUCCAGUACAUACCCCUGCCCCAGCUCCAGUAUAUACCCCUGCCCCAGCUCCAGUAUAUACUCCUACCCCUGCCCCAGUCCCAGCCCCUGCCCCUGCCCCUGCCUCCUCUGGUCGCCCUCCCUGGGUGGUGGACGACUCCUUCGCUCAGAAGUUUGUUCCUGGGGCGAGCACCAGUACCCUCACCAAACACAUCCAGCCUCUCCCCCAGGCUGCCCCCGUUCCUCCUGCCAUCAUCCCCAACUCCUCCCUCCCCCAGCAUCCAGCCGCCAGCCCCGCCCCCUUCUCCACCCCCUCAGUAGGCCGCGGGAUCUUGCAGAGGGCAGAGCGCUUCCCGGCAGGCAACCGGACCCCGCUGUGUAGCUCCUGCAACGGCAUCAUCAGGGGUCCCUUCAUGGUGGCACUGGGGCGCUCCUGGCACCCGGAGGAGUUUAACUGCCACUACUGCCACACCUCCCUGGCGGACGCGUCCUUCGUGGAGGAGCAGAACAACGUGUACUGCGAGGGCUGCUACGGGCAGUUCUUCGCUCCCACCUGCGCCCGCUGCAGCACCAAGAUCAUGGGGGAAGUGAUGCAUGCGUUGAGGCAGACCUGGCACACCACCUGCUUCGUGUGCGCUGCCUGCAACAAACCCUUCGGAAACAGCCUCUUCCACAUGGAGGACGGAGAGCCCUACUGCGAGAAAGACUAUAUCGCUCUGUUCAGCACUAAGUGCCACGGCUGUGACUUCCCAGUGGAGGCAGGAGACAAGUUCAUCGAGGCCCUGGGACAGACCUGGCACGACUCCUGCUUCGUCUGCGCGGUGUGCAACGUGAAUCUGGAAGGAAAGCCGUUCUACUCCAAGAAGGAUAAACCUCUGUGUAAAAAGCACGCUCACGCCAUCAACGUGUAGAGAGAGAGAGAGAGAGAGAGAGAGAGAGAGAGAGAGAGAGAGAGAGAGAGAAAGAAGGAAAGGGCAAAAACACGGAUCAGACCACACGGCCGACCUUGAGAACUCUCUGGGAAUCCUCAAGGUCAACGAGGGCUUUACGAUUUCCCAGAUAUUUAAAGAAAACAAGCAGUACUAGCUUGUUAUUGUACAACUACUGUUUGGGGUUAGUUUGUUUUUUAGAUUACAAUUAAAGUAUUCCCAACUCUAAUUAUACAUAUAGUUUAAUAAUUCAUAAUAAUUUGGAAGUGCUUUGAGGUUUUUAGCUCUUUGAGGUGUAUUGUAUAAAAUAAAUAACUAUUAUAAUGUUGAAGGUUCAGCUGCAGUACAGAUCAAGAUUUCCUGGCAUGUCAUUAGAAAGCAGCCACGAAAAAUGACGGGAUGAGUAAAAGCCAGAAUAUUUUGGUCUGCAUUAAAACUAAAAAAUAUAAAUCUGAAAACUGUAAACUUUUAAUCUGUCCGAUCCCACAAAAUAUUCACCCAGUGCAAACAUUAUAUGGGCUUGCUCUGUACACACCUGACCUGUUCGCCUCGUCACAAAAACACAACAGGCCAUAUUUUCAAAGCAUUUACUCCAGUCUUCAAUGCACUCCUGUUUUUUGAAAGAGAGAAAAACACAACUAGAACCAAACUGCUAACUAUAUAUAUAUUUCAAGUCCUCUUAAGCGCUGUCAAUGUGUUUUUUGUUUUUCAUUUUGUAACAUCAACAUGUUUUUUUCCUCCUUUUAACAAAAUAGGAGUUCAUUAAAGAAUGGAGGAAACGCUUUGAAAAUAUGACCGAACUGGUACUAUGUUAAUGAUAUAAGCAGAGGUGUACAGGAAUCGGUGAAGGGAAAGGCAUGUAUUAUGAUCUGCCUCUGUCUAGAUUACCAAGCUCACUCUUGACAUGGGUUAGCAGAUAGAGAUGACUUCACUCAGGAUGCUGCCUCUGCAGGGUGUACUGAAUGAUAGAGAUGAGAAGACAGAUAGAGAUGACUUCACUCAGGAUGCUGCCUCUGCAGGGUGUACUGAAUGAUAGAGAUGAGAAGACAGAUAGCUAUUUAUGAGUAUUUGCAAAGCACUGACGGGUAAGUAGAUGCUUAGGGCUUCGAUGCAUACUGCCCAGUGUAUUUCAAUGUUGUUAGACAGACUUUUUAAAGAUUCUUUAGAAAUACUGAAGACAGAUGCUUAGGUUUAUAAAACACAGAUAGAUUGAUAGUAGUAAAGGGGGGAUCCAAUCAGAAAAUAUAGCUCCUGCAUUCCAUGGUGACAUUCAAUCAAUGAAAUAAAAACCACAGGCGUUCCUGAAUGUGUUUUAAGUGAAUGGAGUGUAGAAUCUCCACUGUGUUUUAAGUGAAUGGAGUGUAGAAUCUCCACUGUGUUUUAAGUGAAUGGAGUGUAGAAUCUCCACUGUGUUUUAAGUGAAUGGAGUGUAGAAUCUCCACUGUGUUUUAAGUGAAUGGAGUGUAGAAUCUCCAUUGUGUUUUAAGUGAAUGGAGUGUAGAAUCUCCACUGUGUUUUAAGUGAACGGAGUGUAGAAUCUCCAUUGUGUUUUAAAUGAAUGGAGUGUAGAAUCUCCACUGUGUUUUAAGUGAAUGGAGUGUAGAAUCUCCAUUGUGUUUUAAGUGAAUGGAGUGUAGAAUCUCCAUUGUGUUUUAAGUGAAUGGAGUGUAGAAUCUCCACUGUGUUUUAAGUGAAUGGAGUGUAGAAUCUCCACUGUGUUUUAAGUGAAUGGAGUGUAGAAUCUCCACUGUGUUUUAAGUGAAUGGAGUGUAGAAUCUCCACUGUGUUUUAAGUGAAUGGAGUGUAGAAUCUCCACUGUGUUUUAAGUGAAUGGAGUGUAGAAUCUCCACUGUGUUUUAAGUGAAUGGAGUGUAGAAUCUCCACUGUGUUUUAAGUGAAUGGAGUGUAGAAUCUCCACUGUGUUUCAAGUGAAUGGCAUGUAGAAUCUCCACACACUCUUUUGACUCGAAUGCAGUGCAGUGCCCUCCCUGAUAGUGAUUUGAUUGGAUUGUAUUUUUUUUUUUGGAUCUUCCUCUAAGUCAGAGAUGUUUAGCCUGUCCUGUUUAUACUGGGACAUGACUGACCAACUGAGUCGUGGCUCUGCAGGUUAUGCAUUUGCACAUCCCUUUGUAUCUGUGUGCAGAGAGUGCCAAAGAGGUCCAUAUUUCCCUGACAUCUUUAUCCUGGUUUAUUUCACUGGGGCCAAAACAGGCCCAAAUGUGAAAGUUUGUUAAAGAAAUUCAGCUUUCUUCACCAACAUUAAUUCUGUAGCCUUAUUAUUAUUAUUAUUAUUAUUAUUAUUAUUAUUAUUAUUAUUAUUAUUAUUAUUAUUCAUUUGUUUGUAUUUAAUUGCCUGUAUUUCGCUCUCUUCUUUGGGUCACUAAUUUAUGAAAUGUUCAUAUUAAGACUUAAAAAGUUGCACCCUAAGUGCUUUCUUAGUAACAAACUAGCGGGCAGCAGUGAAAAGCUGCUGUUUUUUUAAGAUAAUAAAAAAUCACAAGAGAAAGCAAAAAUAAAAGAGAAGAAAACAAUGAUCUUAAGAUUGAUUCUUAAACUCCUGGGGGGGGGGGGGGGGGGGGAAGCAGCUUGAUCAACAUUUGCUUAAUGAAGCAUACUUGACUCCAUGUGUGGGUUUCUGUCCCCUGUACAAGUCUGUAUAUAUACUGUGACACCACUAGGUGGCAGAAGAGUAAAGCAUGGUGUUCAAGCAUGUGCUCCUGCACAACAGUUUCACCCAUUCCAGGUUGUAAUAUGUGCUUGAUUAGCCCCAGUGUGUUGGUAACGAGCUCAGGUGUGUCUUAUUAAACUUGUGGUAAAACCAGGAUCAAACUGCUAUGCAGUGGGAGUCUUCUUUCCAUCCCUGGAGAUGCUUCUUAAAACCCAAGGUUUAGCAUGAACUAGGUACGCCUUGUGCUCCUGACGAAGUGACUGCGUGCCUGUGGCAUGUCCGCAUGCCUUCCACAGUAGAAGGGAGCUGUUUAAUCAAGCACCUGUAAAAUACCUGCAGCUUUUCAUUGCACACAAAAAACAAAACAGAGACGUUCAAUUACCACAACACGACUAAACUGGUCCUGCUAAAAAAGAUCUUCCUUGUACAUCGUAAUUACACAUCGAUGUGUCAAUUAAACGGAUAAUAUAAGUACACUAUAAGUUUAGGCCCUUUAUAUAAUGGGGUUUCACUGUACAUUAAAAACAAAAUAAUCUAAAACUCUUAGUUUACACUUAAUGGCUUGACUUGCCCCUUCUAAACAAAAUAAAUUUUCAAAAAAAUGUAUAGAAUUUUUGCCAAUUGUAAACUGUUUCUAUAAAAAUAUCUGUAAAAAGCAUUCUUCUAUGCUGUUUUUUAUUUUAUUUUACAGACUACAGAUUGCUAUAGAGUUCUGUAAUGUGUUUUCUAUAAGGGUACACGCACACACACACACACACGCACACGCACACGCACACGCACACGCACACGCCACGCACACACACACGCACACGCACACACACACACACACACACGCACAGUUAUUAUAGCUAGUUACAGAGAGGUUGUUUGAAUUAGAUCGCUAUGCGGCUGGUUGCUGCAUGUCUCUUGGUGUGUGAAGGACCACGUUCUCCCAGACGUUCUUUAAAUGCCAUGGGAAGGAAGGGGUAUUCUUUCUCUACCCCUCCCCUUAUCUGUUUAAGAUGUUUGCAACCAUUUUGAGUUCUGUACCCUCCAAUACUGAGACUGGUUUACAUAAUGAUGCUGCCAAGGGUCCCUUCUUAAUUCAAGGGCAAUGAAAAGGCUGUAGUUGUAAGAGAGGUGUUUGUUUAAGUUCGCUGGUUAUUUACCUCUCUCUUAUGGGAACUAGACUUCUUUAAGCCACUGUCACCUUCUCCCUCUCUUUCUCUUGUCUCUCCAACUGUUCUGUGUUUUUCUCUCCUCUCACGUUUUCCACCUUUCGUUGACCAUCCAAUGAUUCUUUCAUUUUAUUCUUUCCGUGUACUUCUGGCACACUCGUCUUUCUGUCUUUCUUUCUUUCUCCUACACCGGUAAACAGUUCUUUUCGUUCUUCAGUAUUUUUCUUUCUUUAAGAUUGUUCUGGUUUUUUUUCAGUAUUUAUUUUCUUUCUUCUCUCCUCCAGUUGUUACUUUGUUUCUUUGGUAAUUCUUUCAUCAUUUCUACAUGCUUGUUUUUUUGGUGUUUGUUCUUUUUUCUCUCCUUUCUUUCCAUAUCUUCCUCCCUUCUGUCUCUUUGUUUCAUCUUCCUCUCAGUCUCACUCCCUUCCUUCUCUUGUUUCAUCCGAGUCCUCCUAUCAGGCUUGCACUCUCUCAAUCUCUCCCUCAUCCCUUCUUUGUUUUCUUUGUUCAUUUGCCUGUCAGGCUCCUUUUUUUAAUUCAUACUAAGAAAAAAACAAAACCUAUGUUGUGGAGAUCUUGGUCUUUAAGUGUCUGUUUACACAAUAUAAUAAUCAUGCUGCUGUAUGUUAAACACCAUGUCAUCUGCUAGAUUAUUAUUAUUAUUAUUAUUAUUAUUAUUAUUAUUAUUAUUAUUAUUAUUAUUAUUAUUAUUAUUAUUAAUAAAUCAUUUGAUUUUAAUCUAAAUCAUUUAAGAGUGUUUUUAAGCAUCCAGUGAUUGUGUGACUGUUUUAAUUUUUUUAUUUUGGAAUGCACUGUGAAACGUUACUAAUACGUGGCCUUGAACUCACAGUUAUUUUUAAUGUGUUGCCUUUUCCAGUUGAUGUCGUGUUUUUUGAACAUUUCUUCCUUUUUGCAUGGGGUUGUGAUUUACAUGGUUAACAGAAAGAAAAAUAUAUAUUUUACUGUAUGUUUGUUCUGGCGUAUAUCUGGGACAGUAGCUAUGUAAACUUUAGAAGUUUUUUUUUUUUAACAACUGUUGGUGCUGAUUCAAGUCUCAGACAGAGCCUUGCACCCUAUCCACACUGCCCAAAUAACGUGUAAAUGAUGCGAGAUCAUCAGGUGCUGAAAACGUGCGUUAAUCAAGUGGAUAGCAGUCACGUGACCGUACCGCUCGGUGAUCGCGCAUUAUUAGCGUGUCGAUAGCAGGCCUCGCUAAAAACUCCAACCCAAGGUGAUUGCGGUGAUCGAGAGAGCUGGUGUAUUUAUUUUGGAAUACCAAAUGGAACAGGAGAAAUAUGUAAAAACACGACUCAUGUCGACUCCUCAAAUACUGUGGGAAAAACUGUUUGUCCUGCAGCAUCGAUGAGUGAAUAGGUUCCUUAUAAAAGUCUCCCAUAGUAAAAGCACAGCACAGUGCAAUAGAGCACAGUAAAAUUGGUAAGGCAUAGGUAAGCAUUGUAAAGUGUAACGAGGUAGAGUAUGGUAAAGCAUAUUAAUAAACAUGGCAAACCAGGGUAAAGAAUGGUAAAUGCAUAGUAUAACCAUGGGAAAAGAGAGGUAAAACUGCAAAAACUGUGUGCAAAAAUACCCUGGUAAACUUUUAUAAGGGACACUAAGAGCUCCGACACCAAAAACAGUGAAGGGUCACCUUGCUUGUCUUUUACAAUGCUUACCUGUACUUUACCAUGCUUUCACUGUGUGAAUGCUUUUACAACGGGGAACUUUUAUAAGGGCAGUAACUGGACAAUGCAUGCGUCUCUCUGUAAAGGUUCUGUAUCCCUGGUCCUGUAACUGUAUUGAAAAUGUUCCAGAGCUCAGUCCAUUGGAAUUUCACUUGUUUUGUGGUGCUUUUUCCCCUCCUGUGUAACUUAGUCUCUCACUGUGCUACCCAGCUAGCUCCUGUAUUUUUCAGUCUGUGUGUUACUCAAGAGUGCAGGGAUGGAUGUCAUGAUUUGGCUUCAAUAAAAUAGGAGCGAUUUUUUUGUUUUGUU